CUCGACCGUCAGCACGAAACCGAGCUUCACAAAGCUCGCGUCCUUUUCGCGUGUCGUGUGCAUUUUCUCCUUGUUCAACCUGCACCUUGUCACCAUUUCUAUUCCUUUCAGAAUCAUUGUUUUUCCUAUUUCUCUUUCGCUGCCUCUCCGCAAAGUCGCACUAAAGCCCCGGCACCGAGCGGGCAGUUCCUGCAAGGGACGAGGGCUUGUUGAUCCAACCACUGGCCAUCUCACGGAUCAGAGCGGAAGUCUUUUCUGUCAUCAAACGUCCCGCCCAUCUCAUCUGCUCGUCAUCCUUCUACAGAGCAAAAUUACUCUAGAAUCAAUACGACCCUUUGUCUUUUUCUCUCAUGGCAACUUAAUCCACAUCCAACUCCUUAUACCUCUUUGUGCGCCACCAACUUCAUUGCCUGAGUCGACCUUUCGCAGGCUUCUGCCAUAGACGAUUUCUCUUCUACACCACCACACUCGUCUACGUACGGCUUUGCGACACCACAGCUGAAAGCUUUCGGACACCCACCGCGAAGCUGCGCUCAAGCAGCGUCGCCAACGGAUUUCAAGAGGAGGCUAUCUUCUGAACAUCCCAAUCAGCUUUAUACCAUCCUUUGGCCAUGCCUCGUCGAGUGUCGAACUCUCUCCUAAGUAGCUCACCUCCGACCCCCUGGCCGUCCUUUUCCCCGUCAGAAAAGGGCGGCAGUCUCGUCAACAAGACCUCGGCAAAAGCGAGCAAAAUUGCGCAGUUCUUCUCGACGUCGCCAAAGACAAAGGAAGCACAAUCUGCAGCUGCUGCGCUGUUAGCAGCCAGCAAAGCUCAAGAGCAGGCGUUUCUGGCUUCGGGUACACCCCCUAUCAGCACAGCAUCACUCUCCUUACCCAGUAUUUCCUUAUCCACUGCCCGUGCAGAUUCAGCAAACAUGGAUGAGCCUCCGACCACCCUGUACCAGCCUCCGUCGCCUGCUGAGACGAGAAAACUGGCAAGACAACAUGCUCAAUUCGGACCCCUGAAUUCUCAGUCGCACCGAUACACGAGCCGACAUCAAGGUGGCGAGUUCCCCGAACCCGUCAUGGACGAACCUCCCUAUUACUACCUUUUAACGACAUACGUCUCCUACCUGAUCCUCAUAAUUUUCGGUCACGUCAGAGACUUCUUUGGGAUGAAGCUUAAAGAGGACAACUACAGACAUCUGAAAUCGCGCAAUGGCUAUGCUGCACUGAACAGCGAUUUUGACAACUUCUACGUCCGUCGAUUGAAGAUGCGUAUCAAUGAUUGCUUCAACAGGCCAACUACUAGAGUGCCUGGCCGCUACAUCACCCUGCUCGACCGCACGUCAGAUGAUGGAAACUUACAUUUCUCUUUGACCGGCACUACAACCGAGACGCUGAACAUGAGCUCGUACAAUUACCUCGGCUUUGCACAGUCCGAAGGUCCCUGCGCAGACGCGGCCGAGGAGACGAUCCGGAAAUAUGGAAUUUCUAUGUGCAGCACCAGAGGAGACGUGGGGACGUCUGAGCUGUCACUAGAAUGCGAGGAGCUCGUUGCAGAAUUCGUUGGCAAAGAAUCAGCGAUGGUAUUUUCCAUGGGAUUUGGCACCAAUGCAGGCGUCUUCCCUGCCCUCGUUGGAAAGGGAGACUUGAUCAUUUCCGACGAGCUCAACCAUGCUUCGAUUCGGUUUGGUUCCAGGUUAUCGGGCGCCAUGAUUACAUCCUUCAAGCACAACGACAUGAAAGACCUUGAGAACAAGCUUCGUGAAGCAAUCGCCCAGGGUCAACCCCGUACGCACCGACCUUGGAAGAAGAUUCUAGUCGUUGUCGAAGGUCUUUACUCGAUGGAAGGCACAAUGUGCAAUCUUCCUGGACUCAUCCGACUGAAGAAAAGAUACAAGUUCAAUUUGUUUGUUGACGAAGCUCAUUCCAUUGGCGCCUUGGGACCUCGUGGCAGAGGUGUUUGCGACUACUUCGGCAUCGAUCCCUCAGAAGUGGACGUCCUUAUGGGUACACUCACUAAGUCAUUUGGCGCCAACGGAGGCUACGUUGCUGGUGACAAGGCCAUGAUCGACAAGUUGCGAUGCACCAAUGCUGGCGUUAUUUAUGGUGAGGUUCCUCUGCCGGCAGUGCUCGCCCAGAUUAUUGCCUCCUUGCGGCUUAUCAAUGGUGAACUAUGCCCGGGUCAAGGCGAGGAGCGUCUCCAAAGGAUCGCUUUCAACUCACGUUAUCUCCGACUCGGUCUCAAGCGUUUGGGCUUUAUUGUCUACGGCCACGACGAUUCACCGAUUAUUCCAUUGAUGCUUUACAACCCAGCUAAGAUGCCUGCCUUCUCGCAUGAAAUGCUUAAGCGCAAGAUCUCAGUUGUCGUGGUUGGCUACCCAGCUACUCCUCUGAUUUCGUCUCGAGCUCGGUUCUGCGUAUCUGCCGCACACAACAAGGACGACCUCGAUCGUUUCUUGGCUGCUUGUGAUGAGAUCGGCAACGUCCUUCAGCUCAAGUUCGCAAGUGGCAUUGCUGGUGGUGCUCCUCCUUUGUCGGAUGGCGUCACGUGGGAAAUGGAACAAAGUCGCAAGCGACUGGAAAAGCACGACAAAGUUGCCAAGUCAAUGGUUCUCGCCCCGCGAUGGACUUUGGACGAAGUCAUCAAACGUGGUGUCCAGGACGUCAAGGUGCCGCUGCGAUAAGGAGCUUCUGUUCGGGCGGGCGCCUCGAAUAUGUUUGUGUACACCAAAUGUGUGAAGACGAAGUCAUGCGCAGUAUCAGCCCCUGCAAAGUGUCAUUAUUUGGCGUUUGGAACUUCUCUUCGUAACAGCCGAGGCGUAUCUGCCGAUUGUACAUAGCGCUGUGUCGUGUCGUGAUGGCACCGGCGAAUGGACUGGACGGGUCGAUCGGCAUCAGUUCCUCUCAGGGUCACGGGAUAAGGAGUUCUUCAGCAGCGACUCGAUUUGCAUCCAUGAGGGAUGCAGCAAGCUCAAUAUCUAGUAAUACCAUUAUCUGAACAUACUUUGUCUCGACACUUUGAG